ACACGUGGAGCAGUCAGGCAAAACAGAAGGCGGAGGGAGGUGCAGAGAAAGUGACAAGAGGUCAGAGACAGCCGAGAUCUGAGUUAGCUUCCUCGAGACCAGGAGACGUCAUCGCCGGCGAGUGGGACGGAUGGAAGCGGAGGGGAAGAAGUGAACGAGGUAGAAGAACAGAAUCGACUUGACAACCAGAGAAAAUGGCAAAUUAUGGCUUCACAAAGUGUUCAACGAAGGAUUAACUGAGGAAGCACCUGGACUUUGGGCAUUUCUUUUCCCCUUUGGUGCAUGAAGAAGAACUUAAAAGGGAUUAGAACUUACAGCAAGCUGCCCGACGCUUUGGCCGAUCUAGAUCUCACGUCACCAGCCAAGAAAGAUUGAACAACACAAAGACAAACAGAAACUCUUGUCCUCUACAGAACUGCAGGGACAGCAUCCGUUUCAGCAGACCUCCAUUCCUCCUGUCGGACUCUGUCCAGCCUCUGCGUCACCUCCCCAGUCUUUGGCAGCCGAGCCUUUCUCGAUUCCUUCCUCCUUUCAUCGACCUGAAGGUCUAGGUGGGUCCAGUUCCAGUACAUGCACCCUGCCCCUGAACCCAGCACCGACAACCCAGCCCCCAGCACCCGGCACCCAGCACCCAUCUCCAGCACCCAGCACAGAGCACCCAGCACCCAUCUCCAGCACCCAGCACAGAGCACCCAGCACCAGAGUGCCGAACCCGUCAGGCGGCGUCCAGGAUGACCUUCGCCAUGCUGCGGGCGGCGCCCGGCGCGGGCCGCUACCUGUACAGCGACAUCGCCCUGCUGUCGGAGGACGACGACGACAACGGCAGCUCGGGCUCGGGCUCCGAGGAGCGGGGGGGCCUCAACGGGGCUCGGCGGCGACGGGGGCGACGACGACGGGGGUCUGUUGAGGCUGGACCCCCGGGGUCCUCUCCCGGGGCUCCCGGAGAGUUCCGGCAGAGGAACGCGGCCAACGCCAGGGAACGCGACAGCACCAACUCUGUCAACACGGCGUUCACCGCGCUGCGCACGCUCAUCCCCACGGAGCCCGCCGACAGGAAACUUUCAAAGAUCGAGACACUGCGAUUGGCCAGCAGCUACAUCAGUCACCUGGGAAACGUGUUGCUCUUGGGUGAAGGUCUCCAUGACGGACAGCCGUGCCAUGGCCCCUCUCCACCGUUCUUCCACCUAAGCUUCCCCUUCCCGGGUAUCGACCAAUCACCGCAGCCGAAACACAUCUGUACCUUCUGCCUCAGCAAUCAAAGGAAAAUGAACAAAGACAGAGACAGAAAGUCAGCAAUCAGAAGCUAGCGAUGAAGAAUUGCAGCACACUCUUCCUCCACUGCCGAGGAGCUCACGGGCCCGACGGGAACGCCACCCACACGCAGGAACCCAGCCACUGGCUUCCAGAGACGUUGUACAGACAUUGGUGAUGGAUGUGACUGAUGGCUGAGCCUUGAGAUUCUGCAGCACUUCAAUGACUAUUCAAGGACCAUUCGUUCCCCCGAAACUCUCUGUCUCAAAUUCAAAAUCCUAAAAAGUGAACCAAAACACUUUUCAGAUCGUUUUUUUUUUUACCUGAUGUACUUUAUUAAACCCCAGUUGUACCGGUUCUUUUGAAUAAUAAUGCUUUAAAGGUUCCUUCACAUUGUCCCCCCCUCUGGGGAACUUUAUAUAUAACAGCACCUUCAAAUGACUUUUGGCUCCGCUGUAUGAAGAGCAGAUGGUUCUUUGAGUCUGAAAAACAAAUUGGUCGUCAUCAAGGACUUUGUAUUAUUCAUGUGUAAACUGCAUUGUAUAUUAUGUAUAUUUAUGUGACCCAUUAUUAUAUAAGGAUACUAUUAUAUUUAACAGGCAUAUUGCAAUUGGAAACAAAUAGGACUAUUACAUUCAGUGUUGCAGUAACAAAAAAACAUUCUGGGAUUAUUGUGGUACUGGCAUUUCUUAUAAUCAUUAUUCGGAAAUGCCCUGAUUGUGGAAAAUAAUUAAAAAUGAACAAUAAAUAAUUGUGUAUACAUA